UCCCUCCCUCCUUCCCGGUCCACUCCCUCGCUCGCUCCCUGCCCACUCCCGGGGGGACGAUCCGUGCCGCGGCUGCCGGGGCCGCUGCUUCUUUCACACUUUAGUUGGGAGCCGCGCGCCGCGCUCAGUUACUGGCGAGCUGGCCGCGCGCCGCCGCCGCCCGCCCGCACGCACGCGGGCCCGGCUUCGGGGUUUUCGGCUUUUACUCCCGGCGACUGGGAGGAGGGGGAGCCCCGGGCACACUGUGGGGAGGAGGAGGAAGAGGAGGAGGACGGAGGAAGAAACCCGGCGCGGAGGAAAGGGGCGGGGGGCGGGAGGCUUGCCACCUUCAGCCCCCCCUGCGAGUGCCCAAGGUGCACACAUCUUAACCGACUCAGCAGGAAGAUCGAUUUUCUUUGUGUUGAAAGAAAAGGAAAAUGUCCCCGUGUCUGUAGAGAUGAUUUGCAGUUCAGCCCGGCUGAAGCUGAGCGAAUGAGACUAUGGGCUGUGCCUCCGCCAAGCAUGUUGCCACUGUUCAAAAUGAAGAGGAAGCCCAGAAAGGGAAAAACUACCAGAAUGGAGAUGUGUUUGGCGAUGAGUAUAGAAUCAAACCGGUGGAAGAGGUCAAAUACAUGAAAAAUGGGGCAGAAGAGGAGCAGAAAAUAGCAGCCAGAAACCAAGAAAACUUGGAAAAAAGUGCCAGUUCCAAUGCAAGACUUAAAACGAAUAAAGAGAUUCCGGGAUUUGUUCAUCAACCCAGAGCAAACAUGCACACCUCUGAGAGCCAACAAGAAUUCUUCAGGAUGCUGGAUGAAAAAAUUGAAAAGGGUCGAGAUUACUGUUCUGAAGAAGAGGAUAUCACAUAGCACCAAUUCUACCACUCAAACCAGGAGCUACUACUGUGUAAAUAGGUUACACCCCAGUUGAAAUCUUUGCAAAGGUCCGUCCUCUUCAAGGAACAGCACUAAAAGAAGAUCGUUCCGUAUUGUAUGCCCCAUUAAAUUACAGUGUUUCUUAAUGAACUUGCAAAGGAAUAUUGCUAAAAACAAAACAAACAAAAAACUGUUACGAACUUUCUUUGUUGCUGCUAGUUCAAACUUGUUGCAACUUUCACUUCUCUUGUGUCCAGGUAUGCAGCAAAACUCUGCAAUUUCACCUUAAAGAUAUUGUUGGUUUUACAGAGGCUCUCCAACCUAUUUUCUCUAAAGAUGGGGUAGUGGUGAUCUCAUAUCAAACUUCUAUUCUAGACCCGUUCUGCUUCUAAGUAUCUCCUUCCCUCUCCCUUUCUUCCUCCCUGGCUCUCCCGAGCCAUCCGCGGUCUGGAGCCUUGCUUCUCACUGGCAAUGUCGCGCUUUGGAGAUGGGAUGGUUGCUAUGGCAAGCCUUUUUUCUGUGCUACGAAGAAGUAGAGAAGCUAUUCUCGAUUGAAAGCAUGUUGGGACAUGACUCCUGGAAGUGACACAGGAGCAAGCAGCAGGUCGUUUCAUUUACUAGGUACCUUAAUCAAGGAUUAAGCUUGCAACACUGGCUUUGCUCAGAUGCAGACGGAAGUGUGUGAUCACAAUCAUUUCGAAUUCCUCUUCCCCACUUUUUUUUCUAAGAAAAUAAACAUUUUACUGUUUUUAUGGA